ACGCAAACUUCUCACUGCCCCUCCACCGACGACUCCAUCCAUUUCCCCCAUUAUAUCAUCAGCUUCCACCACUCCUCCAUUCAUUCCCCAACUCAACUCAACCAAGAAAGAAGAACAAAUAGCAGAAGCUUGAGAGUCACUAGUGCUCCCUAAAGAAAAAGGAAGAUGGCAAAAUUGCUUGUGUUGGUUGCUCUCUGUAUCCUUCCGGCCAUUGCUAGUGCUGCUAUUCCUGAACCGUUUACUGUAACUGGAAAGGUCUACUGUGACACUUGCCGUGUUGGUUAUGAGACUCCUGCCACCACAUAUCUCCCUGGUUGCAUUGUGAAACUUGUGUGCAAAAAGAGGGAUAAUCCAGACCAAAUCACAUUCACCAAAGAGGCUACGACCGACUCUACUGGAAAAUAUGAAAUGCAGGUGGCAUAUGACGCUGGGGAUGAUAUUUGUGAAAUGGAACAUGUCAAGAGCUCAGACCCUACAUGCGCAACUCCUAAUGCUGGCCGUGACCACGCCCGCAUUUGCCUCACCCGCAACAAUGGCAUGGUCUCCAAUGUCCGUCAUGCCAAUAACAUUGGCUACUUCCGCGAUGUGCCGUUGGCUAGAUGCCCACAAAUCCUCCAGCGAUAUCAGGAUGCGGAGUCAGAUUAAGGCCAAUGUCAUAUUGCUCUUUUGAUUAGCCUUUAUUUUUGCUACAAUCUUAGUAGGACUGAUACGUUGUUGUGAUAAUUUGGUGCUAUUGGCAUCUAUAGAAUUUGUUUUCCAUUGUUCUUGGAUGAUGGUGUUGUGUCGUUUAACUCUAUUAUGAUUAAUUUAAUGCUUCAUUACAUGGUCAUUCUGUU